AUUUUUAUAUCUUUUUUGUUUUUUAUUUUUAAAUAUAGUUAUUUGAUUUUUGUGUUACUGGGUAUUGAAUUUUUAUUUUUUUCUUUGUUAACUUAUUAUGUUUUUUUUUUUGAAUCUAUAUUAUUCUUUUAUUUUUUAUGUUUUGGUGUUUUUUCUAGGGUUGCUGGAUUGGUUAUUUUUUUUUUUAGAGUUAAAGGAUAUGGAUUGGAUAAGGUUAUGUUUUAUUUUUAA